UGGAUGUAAAAAUACCUUGCGACCAAGGGGAGAGGUUGGAACUGCUGGAGGCAGACGCACCUAUUCUGAGAAGAAGACGUAGGAGCAGCUGGAGCAGCUGUGGGAGUGGGAUGGCCUGUGCUUUCAGCUGAUCAGAGGCAACUGAGGCUUGUCCAUGGAGAAAUUCAAAGGUCCCACCACAGGAUUUACAAAAGCCACCUGUGGAUGGAGAGCCCUGCUUCUCCCGCAGCUGAACAGACAGUCCCUGUACAUGUACGGCAGUGAGGUGGCUGUGGAGAAGGAGUGCAUGCGUCAGUUGGAAAGCGGAGUCUUUGUCAUUCACCCCUUCAGCCCUAUGAGGAGUUACUACAUCAUGGUCAUGAUGGCAAUCACAUUUCUCAACCUGAUUGGGAUUCCCAUGGAGAUAGCCUUUCUGGACGGCAACAGCGGACUCGCUUGGGAGAGUUUUAAUGUGUUCUCCGACACGCUGUUCCUCAUAGAUGUGGUUCUGAACUUCAGGAUGGGUAUCAUAACGGAGGAUGCAGAGGAAGCUAUUCUGGAUAUAAAAAAAAUCAGAGUCAGUUACCUGAGGACAUGGUUCAUACCCGAUGUCAUUGCAGCUUUCCCUAUUGGAUACAUCCUGCUGUUUGCGGACUUACACUACCAUAAUGAUGACAACCCAUCCAAGGCCAACAAGAUGAUGAGGAUACUUAUGUUCGUGCGGAUCCUCAGCUUGAUCCGGCUGGCUCGAGUUUCCAGACUGGUCAGGUUCUUCAACGAAGUUGAAAAAGUGUCAAACGCAAACCUGGAGGUUGUUCGGCUCUUCUUCCGCAUCUUGUCUCUCUUCAUGAUGAUUUUUUUGCUGUGUCACUGGAACGGCUGCAUCCAGUACUUCGUCCCCAUGCUAGAGGAGUUUCCCACAGACUGCUGGGUUCGGAAGGAAAACCUGAUGAAUUCCACGGUCAUCGUUAAAUACUCUUGGGGAGUUUUCCGAGCUCUUUCUCAGAUGAUUGCUCUCUCUUAUGGAUCCAUGGAUGCUCCAACAAAUUACAUAGAGAUGUGGAUUGUGAUGGUCAGCAUGGUGUCUGGCUGCAUGAUGUACACCAUCCUUGUAGCCAACGCAACCACUAUGAUUGCGAACCUCGACCCAGCAGCCAAGGAAUACAAGAGCAAGAUGAGCCGCUUGGAGCAUUACAUGGCCUUCAUGAAGCUCCCACCAGAGUUGCAUCUUCGCAUCAGCAACUACUACCAGGCCCGCUAUGGAGGGAAGUGGUUCGAUGAGAAAUACAUCAUGGACACAAUAUCCUCAUCACUCAAAGAGCAAAUCCUGAUGGUGAUGUGCAGCCAGCUGCUGAAGAAAGUGCCAAUGUUUCAGAACAGAGAGGAAACCUUCAUCAAUGACGUCCUUCUAAAACUGCAUUACGAGGUGUUCCAGGAGGGAGACGUCAUCGUUCGUCAGAAUGUCCCCGGUGACCGCAUGUUCUUCAUUGAUCAUGGAGAGGCUCUGAUGGAGACUGAGUCCUACGAGAGGGAGCUGUGCGAUGGAGACUUUUUUGGAGAGACAUGCGUGCUGACCAAAGGCAAGCAUCUGGCCACAGUGAAGGCACUGACUGACUGCCAGUGCUUCUCUUUGUCCUGGGACGACUUUCAGGAGGCGCUCCGGGGCUUCCCAGACAUCAAGAAGGACUUAGAAAAAAUUAUCCUCGUCAGCUCUGACGGUGAAGUUGUGUAAGAUCAAAAAGUAAUACUUGAACUAUUUUCUGUAAAGGACUGAAUCUUGUCCCAUGCACUUCCAGGGCAUUUGGAUGGCUAUUGGAUGUUCAAUGAAGAGUUUUGCACAUUGAUAAAAGUUGAGCACUUUUCAAAUAGUGAGAUGGACUUUGUAGAGAUGCUUUCCCUUCUGAUCCCCCACCUAUCUGCAGCAAGAAAAGACCUCAACAUAUAGGGCAUUGGGAUGUUUCACCUUUUAUUUGAUUAACUAUUGCAGUUUAUUGCAAAACAACAAACCGUAAUAUAAGCUUCUUCACUCCAGUCACAGUUUGAUUGGAGCUGAAACAGUUUCUGGGAAAUACAGUAUAAAUACCAUAGAGUCACCUAAUAAACAGGUAUUUAUUUCAUGUCUCUCUGAACCAUGGAUGUGUCAGUGGGGUGAUUAACAACUCCUACAGUGCAGAUCAGAGAUUUACAUACACUGAUCACCAUUAUGAAUUUCAUAUUAAUGUUGGGUUUUUAAUGAUGCUUUCAAAACAUUCUCUUCCCAGGAAUAUUUUGCAGCAUACCACUUCACUGAAUUCUAAGCAUAGAAAUUAGGUGCACAAGUUAGAGUUUGAGGCAAGCUUUAUCUAAUCCACACAGGUUACAAAUUCUACACACUGGCUCAAAUAUAUAGUUACACCCCUACCAACUAAGUUGCAGAGAAACCACACACUUUUUGUCGACAUAAGCAAUUCCGGCUUGGUAUUUGUCGGUACCACUUGGCAGAAAUGAAGUAACUCAUUUUCACUGUUUGGUUUUCUGGCUUUUAGCCAAAGUCCCAAAAAAAGUUUAGUCUGUAGGGAAGCCGUUCAACUUUGAUGUAAGCCUUUGCAACUAGCUGGAAGAAGUACACAUGCAACUAGUUAGAGAGGCUUACAUCAAGGUUUAAUGGCUUCCCCACAGACUCACUAUCGUUGUCCUGUAGAAACACCUAGUUCUGUCGACAACAGCCCGACAACCCAGGAAUCAGCAAGAUUCAAGUUGAUCACAAACCGGAAGAUGGCAGAACAUCAGUCACUGAAGUCAGUGGAGCACAUUUUAAAUCAACAUGGACUGAGAAGGUGCCAACCAAGGAUGAAGCAUUACAUAACCUGUACUGUAUGUUUGAGGGAUUCAGGGUAAGUCUUUCAAACAUAAACAUUAGAGUUGUACAAUAUGCAUGUAUUGCAAUCCAAAAGGACUGCUGGGUGCAAUUUUUGGUAGGAUUUAAUAUUUAUAGUGCCCCGCAUGCAAAUUCUGCCUCCUAGUUGAAGAAUUGGCCAGCUGAAUUGACUUUUACGGCCUUCAAUGCCCACGCUUGGUGUUUAUGUUCCUGGGAUCCUGAAACUCACAAAGAUUGACAGAGGCAUUGUUAUGAAGAAAGAAUAAGGAAAGAGUCUCACAUGGUUUUUACCCAUAAUCAGUAUCGUCAUUGCAAUAUGCAGCAAACAUUUCGCAAUUCUAGGUUUUCCUUACAUUGUUUAGCUCUAAUAAAAACAGCAUCAAUUAUACAUGUGUGGUGACAGCAUCAUUCUCAGUGUCUGUUUUGCUAUGAGUGCCUUGUGCAUCACAAAGUGGUUGGAAUAUUUGAGAAUUAAGGAUCACCUCCAAAAUCUUCUACUUUGCUUCAGAUCAACAGCUAGAUGGUUAUAAUUUAGACACAAUUGAUCCCAAACACACAUUAAAAUUGGUUUUGGUAUGGUUAACACAGGCAGCAAAAAGUUUUUGGGGAACAGCUCUGGAGCUAAACUGUUUUAAAUUCUGUUUAAAAGUCAGGUCACCAACCAAUUUAGAUAGAUUCUUACAAUAUACUGAGCCUGAAAUACUUUGCUGAUACAAAAAGAGUGUGAUUCUCAGCAACUUGCCAAAAGACAUUUAUCUGAAUAUUAAGGGCAGUAUUUGAAUUAAUUUGAGUAUGUCUGUAUAAUGGUAAAUCUGAGUGGAUCAGUAAAACAUAGUAUUACAUUUUAAUUUCCCCUAAUUCUUGUUUUUUUUAAAUCCAUUGACGUUAUAUGUUGCAUCAUUAAAUGCCCACAAUUAAAAUAACAUUCCUGCUGAUGAUAUGUGUAUAAAAACUGCUUGGCACUGUAAACACAUGUUCAGUGUUUUUCAUUUACAGCAGUCACAUAGUGGUGAUGUGGGAGGACUGUUCAGGGUUCUUUUGGGUUUUGUUUGGGGCCACGAUAUUUUUUUCUAAAUACAUCUAAGAUGUUGUUAUACCUAAACCCAAUAGAGUCAAUUUUGCAGCUUUUUAUAGACACCAAACAGUAAGUGAGAACAAAAAUAUAGAGAAAUCAAUGGUCUCCCACAUGAGACUGGAGCUGUCAUGUUCAAGGUGAAGCAAAGUGAACAAACAAUCACUGCUUCCCAUAUUUGCCACCCCACCCACCAAGGAAACAGUGCUGUGGAGAUCAGUUUGUUUUCCUCAAUCAACCAAACAAGCAUGGUUUUUUGACUGUUGGAGAUAAACCCAUGAAUGCACAGGAGGAACAUUUUAUCAUCUCUUCGUAGGACUCUUUAAGUGCCAGGAUGAACCUGGAAGCUCUGUUUAUUGCAAAACCGUUGGAUCGUUAUGAGAUGGUUGUCAUAUGCUCACGCUUUAUUUGCCAUAAACACUAUUUUCCUUGUUUAUGAAUCACAAUGUAGGCACCUUAGCAUUUUGUUGGAACAUUUUAGGUGAACAGUUCGAAAGGAGCACAUCCAUGGUUUCCAUAAAUAUUAAAUGGACACCAUCUCUGUAGAGAAAGCAGGUGUGAAACAUAUUUAAGCCACAUCGAGCACAUAUAUUACUCUUGUAUGAACAUUUACUCUCUUUAGCCAGAAACUAUUCAAUUUGUUUUGUUUUUUUGUUUGUUUUUUCAUUUUUUGGACAACAGUGGCCUUAACAUUUAUUAUUACAAUAGAGCCAGGGUUGAUUGUGAAUAUUUUGGCUCAUUCUCAUAGUUGUAGAUCUGACGGCCUUUUUUCUUUCCUCAAAAUAUUAUCCGUAUUUACCUCAAAUUUGUGGCAAAGAUGGAGAUCUAAGGUUAAUUACCAUAAGUGCACAGGAUAUAACAGUCUGGAGGCCUCUUAGCGAUGUUUAACAAGUUAUUUUGGAGUAAAAAAGAAUGGAUGUUUUAAAAUUUGUAAUUAUUCCUUUAAUUUAUGUAAACUGCAUUUUUCCUGAAAUAAAGUGAGAGAAAUAAAACAAACUCACUUGUGCUCUAAUUAGUGCCAGAUUCAACACAGAAUCUUCCACAUCCUUAAACUCUUUUUCUCUUUAUCUUUUUAUGUUCAUCCAUGAUCCAGUAUGAAUUAAUACCUCUUGAGCACUAUUCAACAUUUUUCCAUGUUACAACCACAAACUGUGUAUUUCAUUGUGAUUUUAUAUGACAGACUAAAACAAAGUAACAGAUAAUCAAUAAGUGAAACAAAUAUGAUAGUUUGUUUUUCACAUUUUUUGUAUUCAGCCCCCUUGAAGAGUG